GGAAAGAAGUGUACACGCAAUUGAGCAAGCGGUAAUGCUUCUAACAGAAAACCAUGGCCAAUUACAUUUGUCGCCGGUUCGUGCACAUCGGGCUCGUGUACCACCAAGGAGGUAUUCUCCAUCACAAAUGUUUAGAAAUCAACGACGCACCCCCCCAAUCACAGGAUAUUUUGUUCCCCGUGGUGCAAAGAGAAGGUUCAAAUGUGGAAACACAAGAGAACGAUCCUGACUAUGUCCCAUCACAACGGUCAACGAGUGCAGACAAUAUCAACACUCUCGAACCAACCUCGGCUUUUUUAGUCCCACAUUGGAACUUCCGUCCUCGCAGGUUGGCACAUGUAUCACACACCUGGACCCGAGGCUCUACGAGUGCAAAUACUCCCGAGUCAGCAAGCAGAGUCCAAGCCCAACAUCACUUUAGGGGUUAUGAGCCUACACAGGCCAAUUUGGAGGAUAAAACAAUGAUAACAAACCACAAGGUGCAAUUAAGUCGCACGCGGGACUCCCUUAGGGAGCGAAAUGAAACUCUGCAAAAGGACAUGGAAACUUUGCGCCAACAAAUGGAAGAGUUGCGCACGGCACAACAACAAGCAACAGAUGCUCCACAAAUAGCCUCUAUAGGUGAUCCAUUCUCUGACGAGAUAAUUAAAGAACCCAUGCCUCCAUCAUUCAAGCCACCUCAGUUGACACAGUAUGAUGGAACACAAGACCUGAUAGAGCAUAUGAGAAGUUACAAGCUAGCAAUGAUGAUUUAUGGAGCGUCUGAUGCAUUAUUGUGCAGAGUGUUCCCUUUUACACUGAAGAAAGCAGCUCAAACCUGGUACUUUAAAUUGAAAGCUAAGUCUAUUAACUCUUUUGAGCAAUUAGAAAGAUGUUUUAUUGACCAUUUUACUGCUAGCAAAGUGGAUAAUCUGGAUGAAGGAGUGGCAAUGCAUGCCUUGAUGAAUGGCUUGAAAGAUUGUGAUUUCUUGCACUCUCUAAAUAGAGAAGAACCAAAAAGCCUUAAGGACAUACUUCACAGGUCAGAAGGCUAUAUUCGAGCUGAAGAACGUGCUGUAGCCAAGAAAGGUGGUGAGUGUUUCAAACCUAAUUCAGUUGUAGCAGGAGAUAAAAAGCAAAGGUUUGACAGGUCAAAUGACAUAGUUGAUGUUAGAGGAGGAAAGCGAGGAGUUGGUGGAAAUCUCAAGAAUUAUUGCUCUGCAUUGCAAGAGGCGCCAAGGGUAUAUACCACAUUCACACCUUUAAACACCUCAAUGGCGCAUAUACUUGCAGUGGCGAAGGAGACAAAACACCUCAAUUGGCCUGAAAAGCUUCGUAGUAAUGGCAACAAGCGUGAUAAGACUCGUCAUUGUGCAUUUCAUGGGACCCAUGGUCAUGAUACAGAGGAUUGUAAGCAGCUCAGAAUGGAAAUUGAACGAUUAAUUCGUAGGGGAGCGUUGAGGCAGUUUGUUGGGCAUCCAGGAAGCCAGAAGGGAGCAAGGAGAAUGGAAAGGUCACAAGACAGUAGGGAAGCUGGUAGGCAUAAAGAGAAGGAACCUCUAGAUGUUGUGGGGGUAAUUAAUGUUAUAACAGUCCCGCCUUCAACAACUCCAGCAUCUAUGGCUUUAGCAGUCAAAGGAAGCAAUGAAAGCCCACCUUCAACUCAAACCAUCACUUUCACUGGGAAGGAUUUGGAUCAAAGGGAGGUGUUCCCACAUGAUCCACUAAUGAUUGAAAUAGUGGUGGAAGAUAGAAAUCUACGAAAGGGCAAGGUGAUGAAGCGUAUCUUGGUGGACACAGGGAGUUGCAGAGAUGUGAUGUGUUAUGGGGCAUUCAAAAAGCUAGGAGUAUCUCCAUAACUGAUGAGACCUUGUGAUUUUCCGUUGGUGGGCCUUUCUGGAAAAUCCGUGCCUGUAAGAGGUAUUAUCUCUCUCCCUAUUCAUGUUGGUGUUUCCCCUUGUGUGGCUGUUGUUACCUUAGAUUUCUUUGUUAUUGAUGUCCCUUCCUCUUUUAAUGUAAUUUUGGGACGUCCUGGGCUUAACUCCUU